UCAUCCAGUGCCAACUGCCAGCCAACGGGGCUCUGUGGUCGGACUGCUCUUUCUAUGGGAGGAAAAGUACUUUUCUCCGUCCCUGCGGCCUCCGUACGCCUUUUUCACAGUGGAGUCAUUCGUUAGUUAAUACGUACGCAGCACGGUACACGACGUAUUAUCGCAGCUACAAAUAUGUUUAUUUGGGAUUGGUUCGCCGGAGUACUGAAUUAUCUUGGAUUAUGGAAGAAGAGUGGCAAGCUCCUCUUUUUAGGUUUGGAUAACGCAGGCAAAACCACAUUGCUUCACAUGCUCAAGGAUGAUCGUUUAGCUCAACAUGUGCCCACACUACAUCCAAGUAACUAACUUUUAUUUUAUUUUGUGCUUCUAAGUUUCUAUCUAAAUAGAUACACACGUCGUGUAUGGAAGGAUUAUUUCCCAGCUGUCGACGCGAUAGUAUUUCUCGUCGACGCAAGCGACAGAACAAGAUUAUGGGAAUCAAAAGCAGAGUUGGAUGCGUUGUUAACUGAUGAGCAACUCAGUGCGUGUCCGGUUCUCGUGCUAGGCAAUAAAAUUGACAAACCAUCAGCGGCUUCGGAAGAUGAGCUCAGAAAUUUCUUUAAUCUAUACGGACAAACAACAGGAAAGGGUAAAGUUGCUCGCAGUGAGAUACCCGGCCGUCCGCUAGAACUGUUCAUGUGCUCAGUUUUGAAGCGACAGGGAUAUGGGGAAGGCUUCCGUUGGCUUGCACAGUAUAUUGAUUGAACAUAUAUAUUAUUAUACGCAUGACAGAUUCAACAGUUUCAUCAUACAUUUCCCUUUCCUAUGGUAACGAUGCCGUUACCAGAACUGUAAUCUUCACGUGUAUUCAGCAGUAGGAGAGGAAAUACCAUUUCAUCGAAAAAAAAGGACAAGCAGUAACCAAAAUUCGAGACGAUUUUCACAACUAGACACGAGAUGAAUAUUAUCGAGAACAUUGUACAUGCGAAGAAUAGGAUUAAUUUCCUUUCUUCGACGUUGAUACAUGGAAAAUCCGGCAAACACAAUGUCUCUUUAUCUGGAUACUUCGAGUCCCAUACAGAUUCCGUGAGGUCCUAUCAUUUUACGAGUCACACAUAUUAGGGGAAUGGUCAUCGAACGUGCUGAAGAAUGAAAUAAAAACGUUUUGAUAAAAUAAAACUAAUAAACUAUUUAAGAAUUCCAAGUGUUUUGUAGAUUUAUUUUUGGUGAUUUAUUUUUAAUAAUGUUAUACGUAAUGAAAAAAAAAGUCAUGAUGCGAAGUAAUGUAUCACAUGUGUCAUAAUUUCUGAAAAUUUGUAAGUUUACAGCAUGUAUAAUUUAUCAAAGUUGGAUUGAUUUGUUAA